AUGAAGUUUCUCGAGAUUGGCUCCUUCGCCGCCUUGGCUGGGCUCGCUCUAGGCCAAACCCCAGCCGGGUUCGAGCCCGCGGUCGAGGCCAACCUUGCCGUCAGCUUCGGCAGCAAGGCCGUCGAGGAGCCCGGCACUGCCUUCACAAAGGAGGAGACCGCUUCCAUUCCCACCAUCGGUACUGCGGAGCCUCUGGAAGGCACUUAUAUCCUGGCUGUGAUAGAUAUUUCGGUUCCCGCCGCCUUCACUCCCGGUAACUACGAGCCCCGCCGAAAUAUGCUUCAUGCCCUCGUCUCGGGUUUCACGUCGAGCGCAGAGGCCAACGAAGAGGGCAUUUACGUUCUUGAGAACGCCGACCCUGCCGGCCCCGCCGCCUACAUCGGACCCUCGCCUCCUGCGGAGACGCCUCCCAACCCGCACAACUACGUCGAGCUCCUCUUUGAGCAGACCGACGCGUACAAGGCACCUCAGGUUGAUUAUAGCGGCUUUAACAAUAGGCUCGGCGUCGAUGUUGCGGAGCUUAUUGCUAGCCUCGGACUCGGCGAGCCAGUGGCUGCCAACUUCUUCAACGUCACCGGUGUUUAG